GUUGUAGGCCGGCGGAUCGGUAGUCCAAGGAAGGAAAGAAAGACAUCGAGUCAAGGCGCAGUAGUUGUUUGGAAAGACUAAGAUGGAUAAAGCGUUGAGAAUUUAUUGUGAGAUGCUAAGGUUGGUGAGGCGCUUACCCAAAGAUUCUCGCCCUUACUACGCUAAAUACGCCCGCGAGAACUUCGUUAACUACAGAGACUUCGAUGCCUCCGACUCCAAAGCCCUCGACGAGCUCUUCCACCGCGCCUAUAACCACUCCCUUUGGGUCCUCAACAAGUACUCGGUGGAUGAAUCAGCUGCCCAGAAGCUUAAGGAGAUUUGUUUUGACGAAUGAGCGGGUUAAUGCCUGCUAGGUGUUUGUUGAAAUGCUCAAACGGCCUUCGGGUGCACUUUUUUCCCCAUUGAUUUUUAGACAUUUUCAAACUAUUUAUGAACCUCUUGAACCCCGAAUAAAUACUGUCAAUUGAAUUACGAUUCAAUCGUUUUUCUCAGUUUUAGUGUUGAAUAAUUGGAGCCUAGAUAUGCGUCAUUAGGUUUGGUUUCAGAUGCUUUCUUCCUUCUUAGUAAUG